ACCGGAAGCGCAGCACAACAACGGAAAUGGCCGCAGUGUGCGGGUAAUUCAAAACUGCGCGAGUGUUUUCUGCGUUUUUGUUUGUGAGGGUUUAUUGUAAUCAUGUUUUGGAUGUUUAGCGUUUAUUGAGUCAUUCAGAAGAUGUUUGUGUGAAGUUCAGCAGCGACAUGUCAACAAAGAGUCUGGCGAAAGAGCUGGGUCUGAUCCGGAGGCGCAGUCAGUCGUCUGGAGCUCAUCAGCGUCCGUCUGUCCGCAAGCAGCGCUUCUCGUUCCUGAUCAUCAUUGACUUUGAGUCCACGUGCUGGAGAGAGAAGAACAGCUUCGGCCAGGAGAUCAUCGAGUUUCCAGCCGUCCUGCUGAACGUGUCGAACGGAGAGGUCGAGUCCGAGUUCCACACGUUCGUCCAGCCGCAGGAGCAUCCGGUGUUAUCAGACUUCUGCACGGAGCUCACGGGCAUCACACAGGAUCAGGUGGACUCCGCCCCUCCCCUACACAUCUGCCUGUCCAGAUUUGUGCGCUGGCUGCUCCGCCUCCAGCAGGAGAGGGGCGUGGUCUUCGAGACAGACAGCACAGGCUCCGCCCCCUCCGGACACCCCUGUGCUUUUGUCACAUGGUCAGACUGGGAUUUGGGUGUGUGUUUGCUGUACGAGUGUAAACGGAAGCAGCUGACCGUUCCUGAAGCUCUGAAGAGCUGGAUCGACCUACGAGCCACAUACAGGCUCUUCUAUAACAGGAAGCCCAAAGGUCUGAGAGGAGCUCUGCUGGACCUCGGCAUCCAGUUCACAGGAAGAGAGCACUCAGGUCUGGUGGACGCGAGGAACACGGCUCUGCUGGCGUGGCGGAUGGUGACUGACGGCUGUUUACUGACCAUCACCAAAUCUCUACGGCCGGCGCUGGUGAAGUCCAGACCUCCACUCAGAAACACCUCCUGUGCGCGUCGCUCUGCAGCGAGUGAACGUGACGAACCGCAGGUGAGUGUGUGUCGAGCGCUUGUGACGCCGCGCACCGUCCUCUCCAGCACAGUCACACCGCUGGGAGACCUGCUGGAGACCAGCAACACCGCGCUGGCCGGGCUCUCAGACACGACCUACGACCCCGAGACUCCAGACGCCUGCUGGAGGGACGGAGUCCUGCUGACCGAGGAGGAGGAGCCUGGCUCCUAUGAUGACGUUCCUCUGGGGGCGGAGCCUGAUGAGAACCAACCCAACAAAACCACAUCAAACCAGCACAAACCCACCAGCUGCUCUGUUUCUACAGGUGUCUUUAAAAUGCCCAAGCCACCCCCACGCACAGACCCGUACGGACCCCUCUCGCGCUUCUUAGGACGCAGCACCGCCCCCUUCAGCAUUUACAAAGACCUGCCCAUCAGUGUGCCCCGCCCCCAUCUCUCAAAAGACCCGCCCAUCAGUGUGCCCCGCCCCCAUCUCUCCAAAGACCCUCCCGUCAGCGUGCCCCGCCUCCCUCUCUCCAAAGACCCGCCCAUCAGUGUGCCCCGCCCCCAUCUCUCCAAAGACCUGCCCAUCAGUGUGCCCCGCCCCCAUCUCUCCAAAGACCCGCCCAUCAGUGUGCCCCGCCCCCAUCUCUCCAAAGACCCACCCAUCAGCGUGCCCCGCCUCCCUUUCUUCAAAGACCCGCCCAUCAGUGUGCCCCGCCCCCCUCUCUCCUGCGCUGUCGGUCACUCGUCAAAGAGGACGGCCCCUCUGUGCGGCUGCGGCCGCAGGGCCCGGCGUCUGACGGUGGGUAACGGCGGGCCCAACCACGGCCGGGUGUUUUACUGCUGCCCCGUCAGACGGCAGAGCUGCGGCGGCCCACAGAAGGGCUGCGACUUCUUCCAGUGGGAGUCUGGAUUAAUGCAGUCCAGAGCUCAAAACCAGCUGAGAACACCACAGACCUGCAGCUCCAGAGCCCUCCGAUGACCCGCAACACCGUCACUGCAUCACUUCUUUUAUGAUUUUAACAAACCUGUAAAAUAAUUAAUUUAUAAUAAAUCACUUUGAAUAAAUCAAGUUAUUUUAGAAACAUUGUAAA